AGCUCUCUCAAGGCAUCAGAUACAAGAAGCUAGCACUAGCUCAGUAGAAUCUCACCAGGGAAGCUUCACCUCCUCCAAAGGAUGUCUUCCGGGUCGUCGUCUCGGAGCACCUCGCCGAGCUCCGGCUCGGAGUGGAGCAAGAAGGAGAACAAGAUGUUCGAGGAGGCGCUGGCCUACUACGGUGAGGGCGCCCCCAACCUCUGGGAGAAGGUGGCCAGCGCCAUGGGGGGCACCAAGUCCGCCGAGGAGGUGCGCCGCCACUUCCAGAUCCUCAUCGACGACGUCAACAACAUCGAGUAUGGCCGCAUCCCCUUCCCCAAGUACAAGACCCAGGGCUUCUGGACCUGAAAGGAUAAAGCAGUGUAAACUGCAGUGGACAGUGGACAAAGUUGUACAAACUAGAUCUCUUAGGAAGCAAGCAAUCCAGCAUUGGUUAGAAUAACGAGAGGAAAAGGAGUAUUGUCUAUUGUGUGUACAAAGUAUUGUUAGGUUAUGUACAAGGUUAAGUUUGUCUCUAUGUUGUUGUAGAUUCUCGUCUACAUUCAUGAACUGCGAGUUGUCUGUUAGAGUAUAUUGACAUAUCUCUAUAUUUGCUAGAAUAGGAUUUGCAAUCCAUCUCCUAACUUACCACUGGGAGGCUUCUUGCCCUCAAAGUCUUGUACAUGUAUAUAUACUGGUCCAGGAGAGGCUCAAUACUGUUGGGGAUGAACAACAAAGAUGUGGUGCACAAAUUCACCGACACGGCAAAUAUGCACACUACACAACCCCCUUCUCUUGUAGUGAACUUUGAGGACAGUUUCAAUCAACAAGUACGCGCGCAGUGGAAUAACACAAGCAACA